AUGGCUUUCACCUUCAUCAAGGUGAUUCGGGGCAUCAGCAUUGGCAACUCCCUCUUCGAUGAGGAAGGCUCCAAGAUCGUUCCUGAGAUCAUGGCCAAGGCCAAGGAAAAGGGCGUCGAAAUUGUACUGCCGAUUGACUUUGUCUGUUCCUCCAAGUACGGCGAGGACGGCGAGAUCAAGAACGCCACCGUCGAGACCGGCAUCCCUGAGGGCUUUAUGGGCCUUGACUGUGGUCCAGAGACAAACAAGCUGAAUGCCGCGACCAUUGCCAGGAGCAAGACCAUCGUCUGGAACGGGCCCAUGGGUGUCUUCGAGAUGAAGGCAUUCGAGCAGGGCACCAAGUUCAUGAUGGACAAGAUCGUGGAGGCCACCAAAUCUGGCACCGUCACAGUCAUUGGCGGAGGCGACACGGCCACAGCUUGCAAAAAGUACGACACCGAAGACAAGGUGACUCAUUGUAGCACCGGAGGCGGUGCUUCCUUGGAAUUGCUGGAGGGCAAGGUGUUGCCUGGUGUGGCUGCCUUGGAUGAUGCCCCUGCCCGUGCAGGCAGCACGAUUCUGCACAUUCGGGCGCGCGAGAUCUUUGAUUCUCGCGGCAACCCCACGGUGGAGGUCGACCUUUGCACCGAGACGGCCCUCUUCCGCGCGGCUGUGCCCAGUGGUGCGUCCACGGGCAUCUACGAGGCGGCCGCGGAGAGCGGGGUCGAGGCCUUGGAGCUGCGUGAUGGUGAUAAGGGACGACUCUUGGGCAAGGGCGUUCUCAAGGCGGUGGAGAAUGUGAACAAUUUGAUCGCCCCAAAGCUGACGGGGAUGGAUGUGCGUGACCAGAAGAAGAUCGACGACGUCAUGGUGCAGGAAUUGGAUGGCUCCAAGAACGAAUGGGGCUGGUCCAAGAGCAAGUUGGGCGCCAAUGCCAUUUUGGCAGUCUCAAUGGCUGUGUGCCGUGCUGGUGCAUCUGCCAGUGGCAUGCCGCUUUACCAAUACAUCGCGAAGAUCGCGGGGAAACCAACAGACAGGUUUAGGGCCCUAGAGAAAGAGGGUUCCAGCACUUCAGAGUGUUGGUUUGCUGACUUCAGGCUAUGCAAGAUCCCCAAAAUGUAG